CCAGGAAAUCCUCUCGUCCUUGGCGUACCUCUCACCCCGGCAAACGUUCUCCUAGUCUGGACUGCACCGAUAACCGCGUGCCUGGAACCUGAGCGAAUCGUCCACACCCACCCAUCCGCUCUUAAGCCUUGCGAGGUCCCUGCAUUGCUGAUCAUCUCUUCUUCUUUGUCCCAGCAAAAAUGACGGUGCCAGCGUUGAGGGUUAUUAUCGAUGGCGAUAGCAGCAAGACAUAUAGGAGCGGAGAGAAGGUCACUGGAAAGAUUUCUUUGGCAGUAGAAGAGCAGGAAGACAUUGAGUCGCUGAAGGUGAUUUUUGCGGGUAGUUGUGUCACCAAGACAUCCAGGCCUCUACACGUGAACACGAAAACCCACCCAUCUGCACAAAGUCAUGAAUACGAGGAGAAGAUACGGCUCUUCAACCGCGAGAAAGAGUUGGUUUCCUGCCGCAGUCUGGGACCGCGGAAAUAUUCAUGGGACUUUGAAUUUGUAUUUCCAGAGUCGACCGAACCCCAAAUGAAGGGCAUGGUACGCGGCUGCAAUUAUCUUCGCGAGCCACAUCCGCUUCCGCCGUCCUUCCAGCUCAAGACGAGUGGGCCAGGCGGCGCGGCACAGAUAUCGUACUUUAUCCAGGCCAGACUCAUUCUCAGUGGGUCGACAGAGACUAAGAGAUGUAAACACAUACUACGAUACCAUCCAAGAUCGACAGGCGACAUUCCACGACGAGCGCAAACCAAAUCUUCUGUGCUCCACGGCCAAGUCUGGAAACCAAAUAAAGAGAAGGAUGGAUCUCGAGUCAAGAAGGUCUUCUCCGGUGUCUCUAUGAACUCAACGCCCCGGAUUGUUCCCACGCUGAACCACCCCGAAAAGGUGUGCCCAGGACAGCAUAUGCCGUUGUCACUCAGCCUACUCAACGCGCGGGACCCUGCCAACCAUGCCGAACGGGAAUGCAUCAUCGACUCUUUAAAGGUCACCAUCUCAACGUACUCAACAACAAAGUGCGGGAAUACCGUAACGGAUCCCGAGGACGUCGUGUCCAAGCACAUCACCUGCAUAUCGCGUACCGGCAUGAAUCGCCCAAUACCGUUCAACAAAACGACGACAUUAACGUCAAACUUCCGUCUCAUCGAUGACACCGAGUGCGUGCCAACCUUCAAGACUUACACAAUCACUCGGCGCUACGCACUUGCUAUAUCGAUCGGCAUAAAAUACAACGAUCAGCACUUCACCAUCCGCUCCAACACGCCCCUGGAAAUUCUACCUCGCAUACCCCGCGAACGCCUCCCACCACUAGAAGACAGAGAGGACUUUGAACAGCUACCAGAGUACACACCCAGAGAACCGUCGCGAGAGUUUGCGCCAGAUUACGAAUCUCUGUAUGCGCUGUCUCGGACACCAUCUAGUUCGCACUCAAAUCCACUGUCCUUGGUGGGGUCGAGAAGUUCAAGUCUCUGCUCUGGAGGCUCAGCACCAAGCUCUGCAGUUUCGACACCGGGUCUGGAAAUUGAGCAGCCUGUAUAUCGUUUAUAAGUGUUGGAAUAUAGCUUGUUGUCAAGUUGUGGAGUUGGUGGGGCUAGGCGGUGGGUAUGAUAGGACGCCAUGUUGACGUUUGCCGAAAAUUUUCCCUUCCGCGUUCGCAUCCGUUCUUACUUGUAUGGAUACCUUUACCUCAUAGAUUAUCAAGUCAUAUCCCUAAACAAAGAUGCUGUUGCUGUCGUAUGACCAGAUUUUGAGGACUUGAAUUUUUU